ACGCUUUCCCAAUCAUCGACUCCGCCCUUUCCAUGUCUUCGUCUAUACUAGUUGAAAUGAGACUCCCCGUUGCCUCUCCACCGGCUCUCGUCCUCUUCCCUCAUUCGCCUCUUACCAGUACAGUGUUCGCAGACACCCAACAUAAGCCCACCGAAGCUCCUUUUCAGUUUUCUCUCACUUUCCCGGGAAAAUAAAAUUCACAUCUUUAUGAGCUCUCUCCCACCGAGUUUCUCACAAUUCCAGGCCUUUCUGCUGAAAUUCAGUUGCGCACUUUCUCCCUGAAUUUCCCGCACUUUCUUUCACAAUUCCAGACCAUGUAUCCCACGCUCUAUCCCCACGAGUUUCUAAACCCUUUUCAUCGAUUUCACCUCACUUUCUUUCCCCCCUGAGAUUUGCUCCUAGUUCAAUGUUCUCGACCCCGUUUGUUCUCUCGUUCUCUCUUCUUUUGUCUCUUCCAAUCCUCUUCUUCUUCCUCGCCCCUCACAUCCUUCCUCCUCGACACUCCGUCCCCAUUUCCCUUGACGACGAGCUUGACGAUCUUGCUCUCUUCCAUCGCGCUGCUGCACAAUCGUCCACGUCGUCCAAUCCUAAUAACCCCAACCGCCACUUCCAUCUUUCGUCAUCUAAGAACCCGAAGCUCAAGAUCGCUUUCUUAUUCCUCACAAAUUCUGACCUCCAUUUUGCCCCUCUCUGGGAUCAAUUCUUCAAAGGCAACCCCACCGAUUUGUAUAACAUUUAUGUUCACGCAGAUCCUGCCGUAAAUGUCACGCGCCCCACCAGCGGCGUUUUUAAGGGACGGUUCAUCCCGGCCAAGCGGACCUUCCGCGCGUCUCCCACGCUCAUCUCUGCCACCCGCCGGUUGCUCGCCACCGCACUCCUAGACGAUCCCGCCAAUUCCUAUUUUACCGUCCUCUCGCAAUACUGUGUCCCUCUCCAUUCUUUCCGAUAUGUCUAUCAUUCCCUUUUUGUGUCCCCAACCUUCGAUUUGACCUCUUAUGAAUAUGAUCCUGAAGCGGCUCGCUUGGGUGUACGACUGAGGUACAAGAGUUUCAUCGAGAUUCUCUCCAAGGAGCGUAGCCUUUGGAAACGAUACAUUGCUAGAGGUCGAUUCGCAAUGAAGCCCGAGGUGACAUUCGAACAAUUUCGAGUUGGAUCUCAGUUUUUCACGCUCACCCGCCGACACGCAUUGUUGGUGAUAAAAGAUCGGGUCCUCUGGGGAAAAUUCAAGUUGCCCUGUUACAGAGACGACGAGUGCUACCCAGAAGAGCAUUAUUUCCCUACCUUGUUAUCAAUGGCAGAUCCAGAUGGUUGCACCAAAUACACCCUAACGCGUGUCAAUUGGACGGGUACAGUGAAUGGGCACCCUUAUACGUAUCAUCCCGCUGAAGUAUCGCCGGAGCUGAUUCAUCAACUCCGGGUGUCGAACCACUCGGAAUCUUAUUUGUUUGCCCGAAAAUUCACCCCUAAUUGCUUGGAAAAGUUGAUGGGCAUUGCUAAAUCGGUCAUAUUCAAGGACUGAAAUCUGAACAGGGCGAAAAGGGUUAAGAAUUCUCUAAUGAUAUUGGAAUUUUUUGCCGUUGGAAUAGUUUGAGGGGGAGCUAUAAGGUUUGAAGAGGCAUGAACAGCUCACAACCUAUACCACUUAAGAUCUCCGACGCAAAGAGCCGAGACAAAGUAAUACUGAUUCAGGAAAGGAAUCAGAAAAGCAGGUGGAUGUUGGACACCAACGCGAGCUAAAACCUAAAAGGAAAAGGCAGGUACUUGGGUCAUGUGUAUCUUGUUGGCGUAAAAUAGACGGUAAUGCUCAAUUAGUUGCCAACUUGCUAUGAAAGAUUACGUUGGUCAAUUUUUUUUUUUUUUUCCUUUUGUGGGAUGUUUCUGUACAGAGUUGUGGACAACAUUGAUCAAAGAUCUACAGUGUACUUUAGGAUGAAACGAAUCCUGUUGCCUAAACUUGGGGGAACGGACGCUGCAAGUAGUUUUUUUUAAGGGAAAAAAAAUGCUUCUGGCCAA